CAUGAGCGGGAUAUUUCUGAUCAACAAUCUUCUUUAGUUAACAAGGCGUACAAUACCUUACUGUCUCCAUUAAGCAGAGGAAUAUAUCUGUUAGGUCUUCACGGCAUUACUUUUACAGAAGGGACAGAGGGAGGCAUGGAUGCACCAUUUCUGUUUGAAAUCCUAGAAGUCAAUGAACAACUUAAUGAAACAACUACUGAUGCUGAAAUUGAAGAAAUUGGAAAGGUUGUACAAGAAAAAUGUCAGAUGUUGACUGAAAAUGUCAAAGAUGCCUUUCAGAAAGAUGAUCUUCAAGGUGCCAAAAAGUUCUUGACGAAAAUGAAAUACUAUACGAAUAUUCUUGAACAAGUAAAGAAGAAAAUAAUUCCGUAA